AUAAUGGGAUUCAGCUGCCUCUGAAAACCUGUAGUCCAAUAAUGGUUAUUCCCCAAGAGCUGGAUGAAGCAUGAGCUAAUUUUCAGUGAGAGUGGAUUUUGGGGUAAGGGUUCCAGCGCAGCACAUUCCUUUCUCCUCUCUUCACGCAUCAUCACCACCACCUGAAAACCCUGGCUGGGCGCUGGGGUGUGAGGAGCAGUUCUCACUUCCCAGUCUUUUUCUCUUUUCGCAGCUGCGAAGUUCAGGGAGUUGAACGGCAGUGAUUUCAGUUCACUGCUUACUCUGCCGGGAUCACCCUCUGUUGUAAGUUUUCCUCCCAGAACACGUGACGAUGCACUUCUUGACUAUAUAUCCCAACUGCAGCAGCGGAGCUGUCAGAGCUCAGAGUCGGACAGAGCAGAAGAACCCUCUUGGACUGGACGAUUUGGGAAUUCAAAACUUGGGACAAACUGUCAGCCUUGGCCCCGCCGUGCAGGCAGCCUCAAUGCUGAAGAUGGAGCUUCUGAACAGCACGCACCCCGGCACCGCCGCCUCCAGCAGCCCCCUGGAGUCCCGAGCUCCCGGCGGUGGCAGCCGCAACGGCAACGAGUACUUCUACGUUCUGGUUGUCAUGUCCUUCUACGGCAUUUUCUUGAUCGGAAUCAUGCUGGGCUACAUGAAAUCCAAGAGGCGGGAGAAGAAGUCCAGCCUCCUGCUGCUGUACAAAGACGAGGAGCGGCUGUGGGGGGAGGCCAUGAAGCCGCUGCCCGUGGUGUCGGGCCUGAGGUCGGUGCAGGUGCCCCUGAUGCUGAACAUGCUGCAGGAGAGCGUGGCGCCCGCGCUGUCCUGCACCCUCUGCUCCAUGGAAGGGGACAGCGUGAGCUCCGAGUCCUCCUCCCCGGACGUGCACCUCACCAUUCAAGAGGAGGGCGCAGACGAUGAGCUGGAGGAGACCUCGGAGACGCCCCCCAUCGAAAGCAGCGAAGGGUCCUCGGAGAACAUUCAUCAGAAUUCCUAGCAUCCCCGGGACCCCCGCCGGUGGCUCCAUCAGCCAGCACCCUUAGAGACACGAAGGACAUGUUGCGAGUGUCUGGUUUCACUUUCGCAGUGUGGCUGCCACUUUGAAGAGACCCUCUGCAAGCCCCUGAUUUGGGAUGGGGUGGGGGCGAGGCUCAGCCGGAGCCAGCAGCCCCAAGGAGUCUGCGAGGUGCCUGUGGUUUGCACCCUCCACGGAAAAAGCCACGGAAAUGUGCAGCGUGUACAUUGACUUUGGGGUCUGGGUGUUGGGGGUUCUGUUGAGAAUUUGGGGGCACGAUGUGCUUGCCAUUUUCUCACUGGACGCCCUGGGUAACUCCUGCAGGGUCUGCCUGUUCCCAGGGCUGCCAAAUGCUUAGGACAUGCGGAGGGACUAGUUGUGAUUUGCUAUUUUGCCUAGAGCUUUGUCGUUCUAGAUCUGAUUGGCUGUAAGUAUCUCUACUGUGUACCUGUGGCAUUGCUUCACAGUGGGUUACAAGCUUCUUUUGGAUUAGAGGAGGAUUUUUGAUGGGAGAAAGCUGGAGAUCUGAACCCAGCCCAUUUGCACACU